AACUAUAUUCCAGUAGAGGUCGUCGCCAUCGAAGUGCAAGUACUGAGCUACUCAGCCCACAAUAUCAUGUUUCAUACACGAAUGGCCAGAAACCUAGCUGCAUUUCUGGUGUUGCUUCUGUCCGUUUCGAUCUGUGAAGCGGCGACGAUUUACGAGCCGAUCUCGGAUUCUCAUCGAGCUGUGGCUUUAGAGCUCUUCGCGCCUAUUAAUGGAUCGUAUUCUAGUUUAGAAGAUACAUAUGAGGCCUUAAGCAUUUAUGAGAUCCUUGCCAUAGAAAAUAAGCCUGAUGUGAGCACAACCGCUUGUCAAAAAGUAUUGGAGAUUCUUGGGUCAUCAUCUACUACUCCAAAGGAUGUGUUCUAUGCCUUAAAAGUUAAUGGCAAACUGAAAUGCAAGGUUGAUGAGAAGGCUCUCAAGAAUAUUGCUUCGAGACUUAAAGCUACUGUCAGUGAUGCAAGUACGUUGCUCGACAUAUACUAUUCAAUAGGGGCUCUGGUUCUUAUAAAGGAUCAGACUUCUAAUGUUGAUGUGCUUCUUGCCGAUGGUGACGGGACUUUUCAAUCAAUCAAGGCUCUGAGCCAGAGUGAUGGAAGAUGGCGCUACAGCCCUGAUAACCCUGAGUCUAGUACAUAUGCUGCUGGAUUAGCGCUUGAAGCAUUUGCUGGAGUGAUCUCACUAGCAUCUUCUGAAAUUGAUCAGUCUAGGAUUGAUACGGCGAAGAAUGAUAUAUUGAAGCUUUUUGACAGCAUUGAGAAAUAUG